CCGGGCACCCAGUUAUCUGUUUCGAAUGAGAGACAACUGCAGAAAGCACGUAAAAAGUUCUUAGUUGGCGUAUUGAUCAGAAUUUGAUCCGUUGCUGUCGAUUGAGACUUUUGACUUAGAUUCUCUUGAGCGUCGAAGUCGUCUUUCAUCAUGGACAUACCAAUCCUUCCAGCUUUGAGCAGAGACGGUGAGCGUCCCAUUGACUACAAGGCUAUUAUGAAGAAGAAAGUUUGUGAUGAUAUCGAUCAGUUCUUCACCAAGGCUGAACUGAGCACCUUGUCGGAUUAUGAAAAGCUACGGCUACGAAACAUGAGGAAAAACUACGAGAUGAUGGCUGAAUUAGGUUUACCAGUCAUCAAACCUGACUUCAUGCGAGGACCCAAAGGAAAGAAGAAGCGGGUAAAGAAAGUUGUUGAGGACUCUGACAGUGAUGAGGAAUGGAUACCAGCAUCAAUGGAGGAAAA